CGCCGGGAGGGUGUGGUGAGGGCUCGGCUUCUCGGGGCCCGGGGCGGGGAGGUCGGCGAGGGUGGCGAGCUUGCGUGCUGCCGGCCCGCGGCCCUGGCUGGCUCCCAGCUGAGUUCCGUCCGCGGAAGCCAUGGACGUGGACGCUGAAAGAGAGAAAAUAACACAGGAGAUAAAGGAGCUGGAGAGGAUUUUGGAUCCCAGCUCCUCAAGUAUCAACGCGGGGGCCUCGGAAUCAAGCCUCGACUCGGACUCCGACGCAGAUUCGCUGCCCGACGAGGACUCAGAUGCCGCCGGUCCCCUGAUCUCGGAAGAAGAGAGGUGGGGCGGAGCCAGCAACGACGAGGACGACCCCAAGGAGCAGGCGCUCCCCCAGGACCCGGAGACGUGCCUGCAGCUGAACAUGGUCUACCAGGAGGUCGUGCGGGAGAAGCUGGCGGAGGUCCGCCUGCUGCUGGCCCAGAACCGGGAGCAGCAGGAGGAAGUCAUGUGGGGCCUGGCGGGAGCCAAGGGCCCCAAGGUGAAGGACGGCAAGAGCCCACCCCUGAACCUGUACAUCGGGCACUUCCUGAAGCCCUACUUCAAGGACAGGGUCACUGGAGUGGGGCCUCCUGCCAACGAGGACGCGAGGGAGAAGGCCGCCCAGGGCAUCAAGACCUUCGCGGAGCUCCUGGUGACCAAAUGGAAGAGCUGGGAGAAGGCCUUGCUCAGGAAGUCGGUGGUGAGCGACCGCCUGCAGCGCCUGCUUCAGCCCAAGCUCCUCAAGCUCGAGUACCUGCACCAGAAACAGAGCCGGGUCGCGAGCGAGGCGGAGAGGCAGGUCCUGGAGAAGCAGGUCCGGGAGGCGGAGAAGGAGAUCCAGGACAUUAACCAGCUGCAGGAGGAGGCCUUGCUGGGGAGCAGACUGGACAGCCACGACUGGGAGAAGAUCUCCAACGUCAGCUUCGAAGGCGGCCGCAGCGCGGAGGAGAUCCGCAAGUUCUGGCAGAACUGGGAGCACCCCAGCAUCAACAAGCAGGAGUGGACCGGGCAGGAGGUGGACCAGCUGCAGGCCAUCGCGGCCAAGCACGGCCACCUGCACUGGCAGAAGAUCGCCGAGGAGCUGGGGACCAGCCGCAGCGCCUUCCAGUGCCUGCAGAAGCACCAGCAGCACAGCAAGGCCCUGCGGCGCAGGGAGUGGACGGAGGAGGAGGACCGCAUGCUGACCCAGCUGGUGCAGGAGAUGCGCGUGGGCAGCCACAUCCCCUACCGCCGGAUCGUCUACUACAUGGAAGGGAGAGACUCCAUGCAGCUCACCUACCGCUGGACCAAGAGCCUGGACCCCAGCCUCAAGAAGGGCCUCUGGACCCCCGAGGAAGACGCGAAGUUGCUCCGAGCGGUCGCCAAGUACGGGGAGCAGGACUGGUUCAAGAUCCGAGAGGAGGUGCCCGGGCGGAGCGACGCCCAGUGCCGGGACCGGUAUCUCCGGAAGUUGCAUUUCAGCUUGAAGAAGGGGCGGUGGAAUUCGAAAGAGGAGGAGAAGCUAAUCGAGUUGAUAGAGAAACACGGCGUCGGCCACUGGGCAAAAAUAGCCUCUGAACUCCCCCACCGGACGGGCUCGCAGUGUCUGAGCAAGUGGAAGGUCAUGGUCAGGAAGAGGCAGGGGCAGGGCAGGAGGCGGCGGCGGCGUGUCCGCAGUGUGCGGUGGAGCUCCACCAGCGAGGACAGCAGCGGCGGGGACAGCAGCAGCGAGGACAGCAGCAGCGGGGACAGCAGCAGCAGUGGGGACAGUGAGGACAGUGAGGACCGUGGCGACUUGGAGCCGGAGGAGACCCCCGACGCCCAGGAGGGCGGCCCGGCGUCGCUGUCAGCACCACAUGCCGUGCCGGACAUGGCCCUGUGGGUCCCCACCAGGCGGAGUGGCCGCGGGCUGCGGGCGGCAGGGACAGGGGGCCGCCCAGGACGCUGGGCCGCCUCGCCCAGCCCUCUCGGGGUGUCUGAUGAGGCCCGAGGUGGGGGCAGGGACGCGGAGCGGGCUGGCCGGGCACAGGCCCCCCCCGGGACCCACAGCACCAGCGGCCCCAGAAGCACCGGGCACCCUCGCUGCACAGACACUGCCCCUGCGAGCUCCGAGGGGCCGGCAGACGAGGGUGGGGGGUGUCCCCCGAAGGUGCCUCUGCAGACCGUGCUGCGGGUGCUCGGGGCCACCACAGCCGCCCGGCACCGGGCCCUGAAGGAGAAGCCAGAGCAGCCGUGCCCGCUGGGCUCCCCCCCGGGGACCGGCCCUGGGGGCAGCAUCGCAGCCGCACCCCACGCCAGGGGGCUGUGGCGGCGGCGGCGCCGGGGACACGCCCUGCAGAGGAGGCUCCUCGAGCGCCGGCUGCGGAUGGCCGUGAGCCCGUGGGUGGGUGACGUCGCCCUGUCCUGCGCGCCCCGGAGGCCCGCCGUGCGCACUCGAGCCGACAGCAUCCAGGCGCAGCUGCAGGGCGCCCGCCUGGCCAGCACGCCGGUGUUCACCCUCUUCAUCCAGCUCUUCCAGAUCGACACCACCGGCUGCAUGGAGGUCGUCCGAGAGCGGAGGGCCCAGCUGCCCGCCCUGCCUCGGGGGGGCGCUCAGGCCCCCUCAGGCGCCCCGGACCCCCCAGGCUGCCCCUCCAGCAGUGGGCCGGCCCGAGCAGCCGCCAGGAGGGGUGCCGGCCCCAGAGGGACCGGGGGGCUGCAGACCUGCCGGGCCGAGGCCGCGCCCCAGGCGCCCCCACCGGCUCCUUGCGGACCCCGGCCCAAGCCCAAGACAGUGUCCGAGCUCCUUCGGGAGAAGCGGCUGCGGGAGGCCCGAGCCAGCAAGGCCGCCCGGGGCCCCGUGGUCCUGCCGUCCCCACUGCUGGUCUCCUCGCCUUUGGUCCUCCAGGCCCCGCUGCCGCCGGCCUCCCGGGGCCCCGCAGUCCCCGCACCAGCCGUCGCCAAACCCGCCCUUGCUGGGCCCGGGGCUCCCGCCGCGGCCAGUCCAAGUCCUUCAGGCGCCCAGGCCUCAGCCUCCGACUCGAGGCCGCCUGCCCCACAGCCCUUGGCCGCUGACUCCGUGGGGGCCGCGGAGGUCGCAGCCGCCCCCGGGGCCCCCCAUCUGGGCUCCAGCCCGGGCCCCGCGAGUGGCCUCGGACAGUCUCAGGCUCCUGCCACGUGCCGGAAGCAGGGCCUGCCCGAGGCGCUGCCCUUCCUGCCUGCAGCCCCUAGCCCCAUCCAGCUGCCCAUCCAGCCCCUCGGCCUGAUGCCAGCCCUGGGCACCCACCGGGGUGGACCCCAGCUGGCGGCCAGCACCCCGCUGUCUGUCACCUGGGUGCUCACAGCCCAGGGGCUGCUCCCUGUGUCGGUGCCGGCCCUGGUGGGCCUUCCCGGGCCAGCAGGGACCUCUGACCCCAAAGGGCUGUCGGUGGCUGCACCACCCCCCUUGACUGAGACUCGGGCAGGCCAGGGCCCAGGGGACACGGACAGAGAACCAGCUCCUCCCUCCCAGACAGACCUCGCCACCCUCCUGACACCCCCGCCACCCCAAGUCUCUGCCAAAGCGGAGGGCAGCGCGGCCCGUACUCCCGGGGAGCUCUCUUCCUCUGGGGGAGGGUGCGUGGCCGGGGAGAUGGCCGCCCAGGCUGCCGUCCUGGCUGACCCCCCGGGGGCGGAGGCCCCCUGCACCAGCCGGCUGCCUCUGCACAGUGGGGCCGGCCUGGGGGGGACUCCGGCGUCCCCGUCAGAGCCGGGAGAGGCCCGGGCGCCGCUGGGCUCGGAGAGGACCCCCGCAGCCCAGCCUGGGCCUGAGAGGGGGGGCCUGCACCUAGACCUCCUCUCCCAGGAGGGUGAGCUGGUGGUGCGGGAGUGGCUGGGGGGGCUGCGAGGGGUGUGCGUGCCCCCCCUGCGCAGCAGGCUGCCCUACCAGCCGCCCACCCUGUGCAGCCUGCGGGCGCUGUCGGGCCUGCUGCUGCACAAGGAGGCCCUGGAACGCAGGGCCGCCUCCCUGGGGCCCGGCGGGGCGGCGGGGCCCCUGCAGGCCUCGCUGGGGCGCGUGCGGGGGCAGCUGCGGGACAGCCCGGCCUACCUGCUGCUGAAGGCCCGCUUCCUGGCCGCCUUCGCCCUGCCCGCGCUCCUGGCCACCCUGUCCCCGCCCGGCGUGCCCACCACGCUGUCGGCCGCCGAGAGGGCCGACUCGGAGAGCGAGGACCAGGACCUGGAGGAGCCAGAGCUCGUCGGCGGCCAUAGUCCCCAGGCUGGGCCAGCGGCCGCAGCCCCUGUGCAGGGGUCCCCAGGCCCUGGUGAGGGCUCCACCACCGCUGGCCCGGACGGCGUGGACGACGUGGACGUGCUGACGACCAGGCAGGGCCGGCACGCGCGGAAGCGGAGGCGGCUGCUGUGAGCCGCGGGUGAGUG